AUGGAUUGCUUCACUGCGUGUUCCUCGGCAUCCACGGAUGUGAACCCCUAUGACACCAAAUGGAAGAAGAGUGCAGAGUACCCACCAGACAAGGAUUCCCAAUGGGAAGGCCGACAGUGGGAAAGGGAUGAGUGGAAAAUGGCGCACAAUGCCCUCCGUGGUGAGAUGAAAGAUUUGCACGCGGCGAUCAUGGCCGGAGUGGAGCGAGGUUCCUUGAAGGCGCAUGAAGUGAACGCUCUCCAAGACGCCUGGGUUCAGCACAAGGAGCAUCUUUUGUCCAAUCACCAGAACAAGGCAGAGAUCGUCAUGGGCGCUUUGAGCGAACGCAUCAAUGUGGGCGAGAAGAUGGUGAAUGAGCACAAGAAGGUCAGCAAGAAGAUGGAUGAACUCGACCAGGCCUUUGCAUCCCUCCAGGUCUUGUCAUCACCCGAUGGCUUGUUGCGGAGCUUCGGGACGUACCAAGAGGAGCUGUUGAAAGUACUCGACUAUGAAGAGCACAAUGAGCUGAUCCUCAUGCGCUACUUCUUUGCACCUCAGGAAUUUCGGCCCGUGGUUGAAGCGAUUCUCAGCAAGACUCCUGCUUCUGCGGUGGGUAGUUUGAUCUACUACGCUGGUGAUGAGGAGUUCUUUGAGUUCAUGAAGCAAGAGGGGAUGUCAACAUUUUCGUGGUAUUGGGAGCUGAGGGGCAAGCGCAACAAGUUCGAGGACAACUUCGUCCAACCUUUGCAAGCUGUGGCAAGUGGUGCCCAGACGAACACGUGCGGAUUGUGUUGA